AUGCGAGCGAUGGAUCCAGCUCCAGCAGCCAGCAAGAUGCUGUUCGACUCGCCGGCGUUCCGCGUCCACGAGGACGGCCGCGUGGAGCGCUUCUUCGGCACGGACACCACCCAGCCCGGCUUCGACGCCGCCACGGGCGUCACCUCCAAGGACGUCGUGCUCGACGCCGCCACCGGCGUCUUCGUCCGCCUCUACCUGCCAGCGCUCCCCGACGGCCCCGACCGCGGGAGGGAGAGGCUGCCCAUCCUCGUCUACUUCCACGGCGGCGGCCUGGUCCUCGGCUCGGCCGCCUCCCAGAUGUACCACGGCUACCUCAACUCCAUCGUCUCCCGGGCCGGCGUCCUGGCCGUGUCCGUCGACUACCGCCUCGCGCCGGAGCACCCGAUCCCGGCCGCCUACGACGACUCCUGGCUGGCGCUCAGCUGGGCCGCGUCGAGGGUAGGCGACCCGUGGCUGUCGGAGCACGGCGACGCCGGCCGCAUCUUCCUGGCCGGCGACAGCGGCGGCGCCAACAUCGUCCACAACAUGGCGAUCAACACUGAUCACGACGGUUUGCCCGCGGGGGCGGUGGUGGAGCGGGCGCUCCUGCUGCACCCCAUGUUUGGCGGGAAGGAGCCGGUGGACGGCGAGGCGGCGGACACGAGAUAUCACAUGGAGAAGCUCUGGGCGCUGAUAUGCCCGGACGGCGACGGCCUAGGGGUGGACGACCCGAGGCUGAACCCGAUGGCUCCCGGGGCGCCGAGCUUGCGCGCGCUGGCGGGCCGGAGGCUGUUCGUCUGCUCCGCCGAGAGGGACUUUGGGCGGGCGAGGGCCGCCGCGUAUUAUCAGGCCGUCAAGGGGAGCGGGUGGCCCGGCACGGCGGAGUGGCUGGAGUCCCCCGGGGAGGAGCAUGGGUUCUUCCUCCUCCAGCCGGAGCGCGACGAGUCCUCGGCUCUCAUGGAUCGGGUGGUCGCCUUCCUCUCCGGCGAAUGA